AUGGGUGAGGCCGACGCCUGGGCUAAGUUCGCCACCUCCCGAUCGAGACUGCAGCAUGAAGAAGUGUUCCUGGACGGUCGCAGUAUCCCGUCCUGGCCACUCGCCAUAUCCUUGCUCGCAUCAGUGGCUACUGGCGUUGGCGUUGUGAGCCACUCUGCCCACCAGUACGCGUACGGCUUCAACCUCGCCUGGAACGUAGCUGCCAUCGCGAUGACGACGCCCUGCACUGUGUACUUCUUCCUGCCAGUUCUAUACGAGCUGAAAGUGACGUCAGUGUUUCAGGGUGGACUGCGGGGCGUCGUGUGGGCCGAUUGUGUUCAAGGCAUCGUGCUCUUCGCGGCACCGUUUGUGAUCAUCGGCAAGAUCAUAUACGAUUCUGCGCAUCUGGAUGUCCCCCUGAGACCACUGAGCGAUAUCGACCCGAGUCAAUGGUUCAUGAGAUUCGAGGCGGACGCAAGCAGCGACGAGACCGUGUGGACGCACCUGGUGGCUACACUGCCUUUCCAUCUAGUGCGCGAAGGCAUGGACCAGAUGGUCGCCCAGAGGUUUCUGGCCGCAAGAAGCAUCCACAGCGCUCGCAGAGUUAUGUGGGUUGGUACUACCAUGCUGGCGUUCUUCGUGCUGUCAACGACUUUCACGGGCCUGGCGCUUACCUACUGGUAUCGAGACUGCGAUCCUAUGCUGGCAGGAAUCAUCACGCGCUACGACCAGGUUGUCGUCGUGCAGAGAACUAUUAUAGAACAGCAGGUAGUGUGGCAGCACCUGGCGGAGCAGAUAUCCACCACUUCGCGCGCUUUGUCUGUGUUGCCAGACGCCCGGCUCUCGGGCACCACAGACAAAGUACGCUGUAGCCGGGCACACUCGACGGAGCUCAAUCCGUCGAGUGCACCGGGCACGGCAGUUGCCACGUCGAUCAUUUUCGUGCUCGAGCUAUGGCAAACCGUCGGCAGGACGCUGUCCGGAAUAGAACCGCUAAGGAUGAACACGACGCUGGAACGUUGCAACGACGCGGGCUCAAAAUCGUUCUCGGCGCUCCAGUUCCUCAACGCGUCCCAGGCUCAAGCGAGCAACAGCAGCUUCGUCAUUCAACGAAGACCAUCUGGAAAACGGGAAAUGGACGUGUUCAUCCUAUACCGCCUGUCUUCGUACUGGAGUUCAUUCAUCGCCCUUCUUGCCACGGUGUCACUGAGCCUCGCCCUGAGCCUCAUAUUUGGUGCCUGGCAGUGGCACUCGCACAUCAAGGUGCCCAACGCCAGCUGCGAUGCGAGUUUCAAGGAAGUGUGCUGUGAAGAGGAACUUCGCGUGAUUCCGCCCCUCAACGAAUCACCUGACAAUCGUCGCGCGCCCAUUAGCGACGACGUACUCAUCUAG